CUUCCCCUCCGUGUCCGCCCGUCCGCCCGCGGGAGGCAGCGCGAGCGUCCGGAGCGCGGCAGGAGCGGCCCGGCCGGGGCAGGCAGGGCAGGGCUGGGCUCGCCGGCCGCCUUCCCGCCGCUCUGGAAUGAGUGGGGCUGCAUUCCCAUCUCCAGCUGCUGAGAUGGCAGAAAUUAAUCGCCUUCAGUAUGAAAUGGAAUACACCGAAGGAAUUAGUCAGCGCAUGAGGGUCCCAGAAAAACUCAAAGUAGCUCCUCAAAAUGCUGACCUUGAGAAGGGCAUCCAAGAAGGAUUUCCAAAUGCCAGUGUAACUAUGCAGGUUCCAGAGCGGAUUGUAGUGGCAGGUAAUAGUGAAGACAUUCCAUUUUCCAGACCACCAGACCUUGACCUUCUUCAGUCUACUCCAUUCAAACCACUGGCAUUGAAAACUCCUCCCCGUGUUAUUUCUCUUAGUGAUCGACCGCUAGAUUUUUUGGACCUAGAAAAACCUCCACAGCAGACACCUCAAAAUGAAGAGGUUCGAUCAGUGGGAAGACUGAAGAGAGAACGUUCCAUGAGUGAAAACGCCACUCGACAGAAUGGCCAGCUGGCGCGAAAUGAUUCCAUGUGGCACAGAUCAGAUACUGUCCCAAGAAAUAAAAUGCCACGGUUCCAGUCACCUCUUUCGACUAAGGAUUGCACUGUGACACCAUCACUGCAACAGGCUCGUGUCUGUCCUCCCAAUAUGUUACCUGAAGAUGGAACUAAUCUUUACUCUGCUCGUGGCAUUUUGUCGUUUAUCCAGUCUUCCACUCGUAGGGCUUACCAGCAGGUCUUGGAUGUGCUGGAUGAAAACCGCAGCUUGGACAAGGACAAUAGGAAUACCUUUUUUGAUAACUUUCUGCAAGACCUCAUGCAUUUAGGUAAGAAUAUUAUUUUAUUGUACGUAUUGGGAAUGGGGGUUUCUGUUUUGUAAAACACAUCAUGGUGGCUUGUCUUAUGUGCUAGAUGGAAAAACAUUGUGGUCUGCACUUCUGGUGCUGAUUAGAGUAGGACCUAGUCCCAGUAAGUAUUGGAUGGGGUAGCAGAGUUUGCUAAGGCUCCCAGAUCCUGAUCCUAUUAAAUGAAACCAGUGGUUGUGAUGUUUUUGCAUGGUUCUUGCUUGUUUUCAGGCCAGGCCACAGUGUUCUCCCAGCCACCUCAGCACCAAGCCUCUGCCUCCUACAUGUACCUGCCGUAAAGAUCUUCAUACCUAGAUUCUCUUUGUCUUUAAUUUUAUAGCCAUGGUUUAAAUGCAUGGUACAAGUGCCUCCUGUUGGCAUUGGGGAAAUGGAAGAAACUGAAAAAAGAUUUCAGGCUCUUGAACAGUUUGUUACACAUCAUAGAUGUGGAACGCUAAUGCCUCGUUACCAGAGGUACUGAAAACACACAGUACCGCCUUUGUCAGACGGUACUGCUGGUAUUCACAUCUUCUGUAAACUGGGACACAGUAACUUCUUAUUGCAAAGUUAGUGUAUAUUACAUAGUUGCAGCAACUUAAAAAGUUGUACCUUUUAUUCCUCUCUGCCUAGAAAGAAAAGGAAAAGAAAGAGCAACACUUACAAGGAUGUUCAUACCAUCUACUGGAAGCUUUUAGUCACUUCUUCCUGGAGAGAUCUACCUCUCCAAACUAUAUGUGGUCCUUAGGCUGCUAGCCCAGGCUUUCUGAAUUACAUCUAGCACAGAUGAAUGAAGACAAGACAAAUCUCCCCUUUCCCUAGAGGGAGGAAAGAAUGAUUAAAAAGGCUUUUAUAAGUAUGUGUAGAUACUUGCCACCCCCCAUUGUUGUUGGGUGGGGGUUUGGGUGGAUUUUUUUUUUAAACCUGAAGGUUCCCAUGGUUGUUUUAUAAGGCUGAUAACCUCCACCCAAACCUCUAUUCCAGCAGUUUGUCCUCCAUGAAUGAAGCUGUAUCAACCAAAAUUUGCCUGCAUGUCUUAGCUGCAUAAACAUUCAGUGUUGAUUAAAUCUGAAUGAGAGAAAUGUGAAAGUGCAAUUUACAACAAAGUAAAUAGAUAUUAUAUUGUAUUGAAACAUUAUACGAUAUAAGUGGAAGUAUUUUGAUGUUCCUUUGUUCUGUGUGUUUUACCUCUUAUCUCUGUUUGUCAUUUCCUGUUUCUGUCUUGUGCUUUCUAUCUGCAAAAACCUG